GGUCCUAAUCGUGCCUCCGCUCUUGAUAAAGGGUGUCGUUUUGACCCUAUGAGCUUCUCCUGGCUUCCCGUCGCCUGUUACGACCAGGAUCUAAUUGACGAUUUUCUUGACGCGGACGACUGGCGCUGGUAUAUGGACAUGCAUAUGAGUAAGCAGGCCGACCGGGCCGGGGUGCUCACAGGUCAGCAUGGGUCCCUCUAUGUGACGCACAGAUACCACAUGUACCACUGUCUGUAUAUGUGGAGGAAACUACACCGGGCGAUGGAGAGUGGCAGGCCCAUUGAUGGUUACAUUCGCGACUACCACCACACAGUGCAUUGUGGUGAAAUGCUUCUAUUGAACGACACCGCAGACCAGGACGUGGACUCCAUCAUCGUCACUAAAUACCCUACUUGU